AAAUAGCCCGCGCCAGCCUAUUCUUAACCUACAAAGCUCUUUCUUUAUCCGUUAAAGCAACAACCUUCCAUUUGCCUCCCUGUCCUUCACCUCAAUUUCGGUCUGUCUAUAAGAUUUAUUUUAGGGCAUGAUUUUGAGGUUUUGUUAAUAACCCAAUUCUCUAAUUGGGAUAACAAAUCACCAGGCUUAAUUCAAUCGGUAGUGUUGUAUCUUUCAGAAAUAUCAGACCUUUUCUUUUUCUUUUUUCUUUUCGUGUUUUAUCUCAGAAACUCUUAUAGAUUUUCUGCAAAGCUAGCUUUUGAAAGAUGGUAAUUUGUGAUCUUGUAUCUCGCACGGGAAGAGAGUCGCAAAGAUACAACAACUUGGGUUGCCGACAAGUUGCAGGAUGCAUUCCAUACAGAUACAAAGAUGGUAGUGAUGGUAGCAACAUUAGCAAUGAAUUAGAAGUACUUGUGAUUAGUUCACAGAAUGGUCAAGGAUUGACAUUCCCCAAGGGUGGUUGGGAACUCGACGAAUCAGUGGAAGAAGCAGCUUCCCGUGAGUCUCUUGAAGAGGCCGGGGUUCGUGGCAAUGUCGAGUAUGAAUUGGGAAAAUGGAGCUUCAUUAGCAAACGCUAUGGCACAUGCUAUGAAGGCUACAUGUUCGCUUUACUAGUCCAAGAGCAACUUGAUCUAUGGCCGGAGAAGAAUAUCCGCAGGAGAAUAUGGAUGACGGCGGCUGAAGCAAGAGAAGUUUGUCAGCAUGGGUGGAUGAAGGAAGCCUUGGACAAAUUGGUUGAAAGGCUUACAUCUCCACAGCAACGGAAGGAAGAAGAUUUUGAUGAUCAGCUCCCAUCUUAAUACUAAAGUUGUUCUGUACAUAAUCAUGUUGUUUUUAUUUUUUACGUGGACUAGCUGCUAGCGUACGUACGUAGUUAUUUAUUUAUUGCAUGUGUGUUCAUAAAGGAUGAGCCAUUUUUUUGUGGACGUACGUAUGAGGAAGCCCCCGGCCUACUCUAGUACUCCCAAAAAAAAAAAAAAGAAAAGAGAAGAUAUUGGCUUAUUUGAGUACUAGUUGAUCUAGUACUACGACUACUUGGUGCAUGCCCUGCGAAGGGAGAGAUCAGUACGUAAUCAUGAUGAUCACCAAUACACGCAAGAUACAUGCCUGCCUUUAAUUAUCUUCAUUUAGCCAUCAAGAUAGCUAGGGAUCGAUAAUGAAGCUGGCCAUAAACACGUACGUACGUACAUGAUCAACGGAUGUUCAUUCCUCAACAAUUGGAGAUCAUCAUAUGCAUGCUGCUUGACUAUAUGAGAUCAUUUACAUAAUGCUUUAUGCUCGAUCGCACUCUUGGACAAAGUACCGCGGGUACUGGAUUAGAGCUAGCGAAACAAGGAAAGUAGGGGUUUCAAUUAGCUAGAACUAGCUAGCAGUACUAUAUAUAUGUAAUGUAUGAGAAAGGAUAAAUUUCUUGAUCAGGGGCUUUCUUGAUCUCCUGCCAAUCAGACAAUGUUGUCUUCUAGUUGGGAGAUUUUAAUAUGAAAGCUCUCUAGCUAGCUAGCUCUCCUGCAUGCAUGUAUUUAAUUAGGUAUUGAUGGAUAUAUGGUUUAGUACUUGUGUUGUAUCUGGUAAACUGAAUACUUCUCUUAUUAUAUGGAUUAAUGUUGUUGUCAU